GCCAUGCCCUCCCCAGGGACCGUCUGCAGCCUGCUGCUCUUCAGUGUGCUCUGGGUGGACUUGGCCAUGGCGGGCUCCAGCUUCCUGAGCCCCGAACACCAGAAAGUGCAGCAGAGAAAGGAAUCUAAGAAGCCGUCAGCCAAACCAAAGCCCCGGGCCCUGGAAGGCUGGCUUGACGCAGACGUCAGAAGUCAGGCGGAAGGCACAGGGGACGAGCUGGAAAUCCAGUUCAGCGCCCCCUUUGACGUUGGGAUCAAGCUGUCAGGGGCUCAGUCCCACCAGCACGGCCAGACCCUGGGGAAGUUUCUUCAGGACGUCCUUUGGGAAGACGCCAGCGAAACCCCAGCCCACAAGUGACCUGAGUCCAGCCACCUCUCCGUUUUCCCACCCUCAGAAGCAUUCACCUGGCUUCCAGAACGCUUCCGAGACCACCCCCAGCUCUGAGGGGUAACAGUCUAGGAGGUGAAUAAAUGCUCAAACUGGAUGGUGAAGGUUCAAAAUGUUUAUUUCAGGAAAGAAGAAAAUUUCACAUUUCACUGAAAAACACCCCCUGCCCCAUUCUUGGUCUAUGGUCAAAGGGAAGAGAAAAGAAGAACAUGUAGCAACGAGGUGUCAAUGCUUAGAAAACCAAAUUAGACCCAUUUCUACAAGCAGAUAAGGCUACUG